UGCUGCAGAUGAAGCUAGAAGUUCAACGAGAUGCAACACGACAAAGCGGUCGAAAUUUACGACUUGGGAUAUUGAUAUGGCUGACGCUGCAGAAUUCAGUUCAUACGUUGUUGCUGAGGUAUUCUCGAGCGAGAAAUGUCGAUAAAAUGUUUUUAUCGUCGUCAGCGGUGUUCUUUACGGAGAUUAUGAAGUUGGUAACGUGUAUGCUGGUUGAGAUACGGGAGAAGCAAGGCGUUUUGAAUAUGUUACGAUUUGUUAACGCUCAAGUGUUCGGAAAUCCAUGGGAUACAAUGAAAGUAUGUGUACCAGCAAUGAUAUACACCGUGCAGAAUAAUCUCUUUUACUUGGCUGCCUCAAACCUUGAAGCUGCCACCUUUAUGGUAAAUAUGUUUCAUCGUUUACUUGAUAGGUGUUGUUUACGUAUCGCUUCAUUCACCUGUUUUAUCCAAUUAUCA